UCAGAGCCCUGGAUAUGGGCGUUGCAGCAUCACCCGGGGCAAGGUCUCUGUGCAGGAGGGUUUAUGUGCUCUACUUCCUGAGAUACGGGUGGAUGCAGCUGCCUUGCUCAGUUUCACUUUUGGUCCCAACCGUAGUAAAAAGAAACUACAUGGGCUCUCUGCUUUCUAACUGUAGUCGCGUUAGUCACUACUGCUGGGUUUCAAGGCUGCCCUGGGGAAGUCAGACCUGGACAGCAGCAUGCCUUCCACAGGAGCCUUGAAGGGCCCCAGCCUCGGUCAGUACUUCAGGAUGAUGGUGAUCUGCAUAGUGCUCCUGCAGGUGCUCUUGCAGGCUGUGUCUGUGGCUGUGACUUACAUGUACUUCACCAACAAGAUGAAGCAGCUACAGGACAAUUACUCCAAAAUCGGACUAGCUUGCUUCUUAAAGGAAAACGAGGAUUUCUGGGACUCCACUGACGAAGACAUCUUGAACAGACCCUGCUUGCAAGCCAAGAGGCAACUGUAUCAGCUCAUUGAAGAGGUGACUUUGAGAACCUUUGAGACAACCAUUUCUGCAGUUCCAGAAAAGCAGCUAAGUACGCCUCCCUUGCCCAGGGGUAGACGGCCUCAGACAGUGGCGGCACACAUCACUGGGAUCACCCGGAGAAGCAACUCAGUCUUAAUUCCAUACUCCAAGGAUGGAAAGACCUUGGGCCAGAAGAUAGAAUCCUGGGAGUCGUCUCGGAAGGGGCAUUCGUUUCUCAGCCACGUGCUUCUUAGGAAGGGAGAGCUGGUCAUCCAGCAGCCGGGCCUGUAUUACAUCUACUCCCAGACGUACUUCCGAUUUCAGGAGGCUGAAGAAGCUUCCAAGACAGUCUCCAAGGACAGAGGGAGAAUCAAACAGAUGGUGCAGUACAUCUACAAAUACACCAGCUAUCCGGAUCCCAUCAUGCUGAUGAAGAGCGCCAGGAACAGCUGUUGGUCCACGGAGGCCGAGUACGGGCUGUACUCCAUCUAUCAGGGGGGACUGUUCGAGCUCAAAGAGAACGACAGGGUUUUUGUUUCUGUGACGAAUGAGCAUUUGAUGGACCUGGAUCAAGAAGCCAGCUUUUUUGGAGCCUUUUUAAUUAACUAAAUGACCUUCAAAGAUCAAACACAGCCCUAAAAUACCCAGUAAUCUUCUAGGUUGAAGGCAUGCCCGGAAAGCGACUGAACUGGUCAGGGUAUGGUCUGGCUGUGGAAACCUCAGGACAGAUGUGACAGAGAAGCAGCUGUAACACAGCAGCCCCAGGCCAAGAGCCCAGCCACAGACCCUUUCAGUGUUUCAGCAAGAGACGUGCUUUCUUCCCCCCAAAUAAGAUCACUGUAGCCUUUCAGCGUUCUACCUGGUACCAGUUUGCAGAGAUCUAGAAGAUAUCCAGUUUCUAAAUAUCUAUGCAACACUUGAUAAUUUUCACCUUUGUUAUCUGGUCCAGGGGUGUAAAACCCAGUGCUCAAGGGCUGUGUGAAGACUAGGACAGCUAUGACUGCAGGUCAGCAUAAAAAUCACAGAAUAUCUCACCUGUAACAUGUGUGUGUGUGUGUGUGUGUGUGUGUGUGUGAGAGAGAGAGAGAGAGAGAGAGAGAGAGAGAGAGAGAGAGAGAGACUGUUCUUUAUGGUAACCGAUUAUGUUUUUCUCAAGUGUGAACUCUGUACACGAUAACAUUAUGUCCCAUUAUGUCCCAUCAUUAGUGGGUAACUUGCCCAAAGAAUGUAUGAAAUCUCCAGGCAAUGAACAAGAACAGCCCAAGAAAGAGGCCUGCAGAGCCAUACGGCAGGGCUGCUGUAGCCAGCUGGAGCUCAGCUCCUGUCACCGCAUGCCCUGGGUACCAGAUGUAGAGUUGGAGGAGUCUUGCCCCAUGGAUCUAGGUCUUUGGUACCUCUCUCCUUGAUGUGGUCCCAGCCCUCCUUUGCUUGUUUGCUAGUUUUGAGACAAAGCAUGAUGUAUCCCAGGCUGGCCUCAAAUAUAGUAUGUAGUCAAGGGUGGUUUCUAACUGUGUAACCUCCUGCCUCCAAGAGCUGCUGAGAUUAUAGACAUGUGCCACCUGCCCGGUUUGUGUAGAGAUGGGCUUCUUGUACAUGUGACAACCACUCCACCCCUGAGCUACGUCCCAGCCCCAUUCCUUCCUUUUCUGAAUGGGAAUAUUUACUUUGUGUCCCUAUAUUCUAGAAGGAACAACAGCAAAGAAUUUGCUAGAAUCCAAAGCCUACGAUGCAGGAAGCGAGAAUGGAGAGAAUAUUCUAGAAUGAUAACUUUCUGGGCAAUCGUGAGUCCUUUUAUAAAAGGCACGAAUACUUAUCUGUUUGAAAAGGAAAUCAAUUUGGGGGUGGGGAGGGGGUUGUCCUUUCCUGUUGAGUUCCAGCCCAACAAACCAUCUGACUUGAACACUAAAGUGAACCUGCCACUCUAGCUCGACCAGACUGGGAACCUGGGCCAGCACAGGGACAAUGAACCCAGGGCGAGAGGUCAGUUCUGCUGUUCUGGAGAAGUGUCUAGGUAAAAGCUUCAUUUCAAAAGGGGCCACUUUAUUGUCACACACCAUGAGUGCCACCAGGUGGCGAGGUUCCCUUCAUUUCCUCAGCAUCAGGUCUUUUAAGGGUUUUAAAUUCUCGGGUUUAAAAACAAAACAAAAACAAAGAAAGGUUGCUUACCUUUGGACUAUAGGCACUUGGGGCUAAAGACAAGAAAUAGGUUUGUGCACCCAGAUGGAGCACCGGUCUUUAGCUGAAUCUGUGAGGAACAGGGUGGGGCUUCACAUGGUAAAGUCCCAGACUCUUGAGGUCUCGUUUAUUUGGUUGCUUGGAUUUGGUUUUCUGAGACAGUGUAGUUUUGACUAUCCUGGAACUUGAGACCGCGAAUGCAGAGAUUCACCUGGCCUUGGGCUCCAGACCACUGGAGUUAAGGGCGUGCUCCACUGUGCUUGUCCUAAUUGCUUUUGUGUUGGGUUCUAGGGCAUGCUGGUCUUUCUUCCUAAAAGCCCUCAGAAAGCCAUACUGAAGAUGAUCUAAUUAUAAUCCAUAGACAUAGAGAGAGGAACGGGGUUCCGAGUUUUCCCAUUCAGUGUCAAAUCCAUCCACAAAACACUGAGAUCAUGAAAUAUAACCUCUAGAUUUUGCAUAAUAAUAUUUUGAAGAGAGUUUCACCAUAGGCUUCCUGUGAGACUACAUUUGGGUCCUGUGUUAAGAAUCUGAGGUGUGUUGUUUUGUUUGAUUGUGUUGUGGUUUUGUUUUGCUUUUUGCUUUUGUUUUUAAGUGAAUCAGAAUUGUUUUUAAGUGAACCAGAAUUUAAGUCGACUUUUGUAAAUUGUCUUGGUCCCAAGGGCGGGCUCUGUGAAGUCUGGCUUCUGCCCUGUCUCCUGCUAUUAUAGACUGUGGCCUUUGCCACUUCAUCACUGCCUGCAUCUUUUCUUGGAGAAAGGGUCUCUCCCAUUACUGGCAGCUAGCAGUGCUCUGAGGCUCUCCAAUAAGUGGCCAUGCAUGCUUUUUACAGGGAUGCUGGGGAUUUGAACCUGGGUUCUCCUGCUUGUUCAGUUCAACUGUUCUUAACCCUGAACCAUCUUCCCAGCCCCAUCGCUGCUACUUUUUUUUCUUGGCAAAUUAUUUUGAUUCUUCGUUUUCUUCCAAGUAUUACGUUAACUAUUUGCCAUAGUUUGGCAUAUAACACUUUCAUUAUCAAUGUCAGAAAUUGUGUUUAACCAGUUUUUCUUAUUCUUGAAAAAGUGUUAAAUAGAUAUUUUCAGUUGUGAGACAUGAAAAGUCUUAAAGAAAAAUUUUCUUCUUCUUUUUUUCUCUUUUUUCUUCCAUGUUAAUAGCAGUGAAUCUGGAAAGAAAACUAGCUGUGAUGUUGAUUAUUUCAAAUGUAUUGAUGCCAUUUUGUGGGCUGGGAAAUGUUAAACUUUAUAAACUCUGAAACAUGAAAAGUGUUGCUUUGAAUUUUAUCUUAAUAAAAACAAAAGCGAGUGCA